UUUGGAGUGAGUUUUACACUUUUGACUUCCCAGGCGGGAGCUGAAACAUCAGAAGAGCAGCCUUGACAUUUAUCUUCCUGUCUCUGUGAAUGGUGAGGCACUCUGGACCAAUGGGAGGUUCAGUGCUGAGGAUGCAACAGUGAUCCAGGAAAAAACAGCCCAUUGUUUCUGGGAUGUCGGAGAAGUGUGACCACCCUCCUGCCGGCUCUGGCUGCUCAUUCUAACGGCACACUGAAGGACCCAGUACCCCAUUCAGAGGUCAGUAUGAGUGGGGGAGUCAAUGUUAAGUCGCCCCCCCGGGCUCCUCCAUCAUCCGGAAUUCCCCUCCCACACAGCCUGUUGCCCUCCUCCCCCAAAGCAGACAUCCGCCACCGGGCUAGUGAUCUACCCAAGCCCUCAAUACAGACACCUAAACACACACCCACACACACUCCCACACACACACCCAGGCACUCUCCUUUACUUUGCCCACGGACUUCCAGCAUCCCUGGGCCAUCCUCCAGGGAACCUAAGAGAGAUGCCGGCCUGAAGAGUCAGCUCUUCCAGCGGAUUGGAGCUCUACCUGCUCCCCAGGUGUCACGCUCCGCCUACAGCAGCCCAAUAACCCAGCGCAGGGUACCAACACCACACUCCAAAGACACACUGGAUCUGGGAAAACCUGCACCGCCUCACAUCCACUCACAGUUUCCACAUGAUGACAAUCGCAACAGAAACUCCCUCGCCAAUAAGAACCAAACAUGGGGAACCAGCAACCUGCGUCCACCGCUCCACUUCUCAAAAGGAGAACACUCCAACACUGUAUCCCAGGCAACGAGUGAGGUCAUGCCACAACGAGAGGAGGAGCCUCCAGAAAACCACCCAGCCCAGUCCACCAUGUCGAACAACGUCAACCUCCGCCCCUCUUUUGCUCAAACGAGCUACGAGCACGCCAUCAGAGGCCGCAGUGACUCCACCAGCCAAUCAGACGAGGAGAUGGGUACUCCUGACGACAGCAGUCCGGCCUGCUCUCCUUGUCCCCUGCCGCUGCCACCGAUCCCAUUCUCCAUGCCAGUUAUGUCCAAGGUGGCUGUCAAUAUGCUGGAUCAAAGCCUAGAUAAGGAAUCCACAGAGAGACACACACCUCGAGUCAACAUGGCUACUGUGGCUCCCUUCAGCUACAGGCUGCAUGUGCAGGAGAGCGAUUUUUCAGUGGACGAACUGAGUGACUGCUCUUCUGGAUCCAUAGAAGUCUGCUGUGAUGACCUAACACUAGGAGGGAUGCUGGAGGCUAAUGUGGCUAACAUUAGCAUGACUGCCAAGCCCAGAGAGCUGGACUUGAGGUCUGCUGCUGUCUCCUGCCAGGAAACUUCAGCCCAGGCCAUGGCCUCUAGGAAGCCCCCAGCCAAGCCCUCUGCUCUGCCCCAGGGACCUUCACGUCCCUCCGGGUCAGAGCUCAAGGUCUACCGGCCCUCCUCUGGAUCCAUCCCAAUCCCAAAUCCUUCUGGUCUCCGCAAGCAGCGAUCACUUAACAACUUGUGUGUGCUCACUGAUGCUGAGAAGAAGCUGCACCUGUACCAAUCUGAUACGAGUCGGCCUGGCACUGGCACCAACAAGCCAGGCCUGACUAAGACAGGUCAGGCUGGGGGCGGGAGACAACCACUUUCUCGGACCCUUUCAAAGUCAGAACAGUCUCUUUUCCAGGGGAAGCCCAAACCUUUCUGCUCCCCGCCUGUGACUUCUAACGGGAGCAAGCCGAGUCGAAUCCCUGCUCCUGGUAAACCACGGGGACCUUAUGCUGAGGUCAAGCCCAUCAGCAAGGCCUCCGAGGUGGGCCACAGUGUAGACACGGACCCUGCAGACCACCCAACCAAGGCUAACUCCAAUGGAGCUGUGAAUACUGGGACUAAUGGCAAGAAACCAGGCGAGAAGGGGAGAUCUGCAGCUCUGGCAGCAGAGGAGAAGAGAGAGAGGAAGGGAAUAGAGGGAGAAGAUGAUAAGAGCUUUCUGAAGGUGGACCCAGAGUUAGUGGUGACAGUUCUGGGAGACCUGGAGCAGCUGCUCUUCAGCCAAAUGCUUGACCCAGAGUCCCAGAGGAAAAGGACAGUCCAAAAUGUUCUGGACCUUCGACAGAACCUGGAGGAAACCAUGACCAGCCUGAGAGGAGUGCAGCUUAGCCACAGCUGUGUGGAGGGGACCAUGUGCUACGACAGCGAUGAAGCUGCUGCAUUCUCAAUAUCCAGCCUAUCAAAUCGCUCCUCUCCGUUGUCAUGGCGCCAGGGUCAAGCCAGCCCCCGUCUGCAGGCUGGUGAAGCUCCGUCCACAGGUAACACCCAGUCAGACAUCCCUCUCCGGAUCAGCCACACUGCUCGUAUCCAACUCAUCGAAGCACUGGACGACUCGGAUCCAUCCCUCCUGAAGGGAGAUUACCUCAGCAACAGCAACCUCGACAGGAAGAGCCCAAACGAGGAUGAUGAUAAUGAUGAUGAUGAUGAUGAUGAUGAUGAUGAUAUUGAUGAUCUGGGGAAUGGUUGGGAUGAGAGCAGUUCCAUCAGCAGCGGUUUGAGUGAUGGCUCAGACAACCUCAGCUCUGAAGAGUUCAACACGAGUCCCACUCUCAACUCCCUUCCCACCACUCCCAUCGGCUCCCGCAGAAACUCAGCCAUAGUGAUGCGUACAGAUGCAGAGAAGAGAUCUCUGGUGGAGAGCGGUCUGUCCUGGGACACUGAAGACACAAAACCCAGCCGCAAGAGCCAGGGCAGCGGCGUCUACGAUACAGGAAGUCUCAAGUCCGAAUCAGCCAAUAAAUGGAAAAAGACCCGGACGCAGGGUGAGGGGCUAGAUGGAGAGAAGGGCAAACUGAAAAAACCUCAGACCCUGGGUCAAGGAAAUGUGUUGAAGAAAGGAAGAAACCCACCUGUGGGAGUCACCUCCCCGAUCACACACACCUCUCAGAGUGGGCUGAAAGUGGCAGGUACAGUAAAGUCAGAUGGGAAGCCAAUGGAUAAGUCUCGGUUAACAGUGAAGAACUCCGGCCUUCAGCGCUCCUCUUCUGAUGCCGGUAAAGACCCCAGAAAUGGCACCGGGGCUGGUGAGCAACGUAAACCUCCGUCCGGCCUUGUAAGGCCCUCAACUGGUGGAAACUUUGGCUUCAAGAAGCCUACCACAGCUACCACUAACGGCACAAACAAUGCGGGGAAGAUUCCUAAAACGUCGGGUAUUCCUGUCAAACCAGGGACUGGUGGUGGUGGUGGUGGUGGUGGAGGACGUAAGACAAGUCUAGAUGUUUCAAGCACCGACCAGAGUGGUUUUCUAUCUCCAAAUGCCAGGACGUCUCUCCAGUACCGCUCUCUGCCUCGCCCAGCUAAGACAAACACCCUGACUUUAACCCGGCCUAGCUCAGCUCGCCCAGUGAGCACUACCAUGGACAUGGUAGGAGGCUCGGGGCUCAAACCGCCCCAGGGCUCUAGGCUCAAAGAGCCCGCCUCAGGGCUUGGUUCUGGGUUAAGUAAGGCAGGUGGUCGUGGGAUCCCGAGUCCCAGUCCUGUCAAUCAGACAGACAGAGAGAAAGAGAAAGAGAGGGCCAAAGCCAAAGCUGUAGUAUCUGACUCUGAAUGUGGAGGUGGGUCUCUGAAGGGCAGCCCUGCUCAGACCCCCUCAGAGAACGGAGGCAAGCUGCAGGGGCUGCGACCUCCCAGCAGUGGCAAGGGCAUGGAUCUGCCCUCACCCAACACACACAGGUUAUCUGGGAUGCGCAGCCUGGCAAAGCCUCCAUCCAUGGCCCAUCUGGACAAGCUGAACUCAAACAGCCUAGAGGUGGAAGUUCAGGACUCCCUGCCACCUAAGAUUCCUCCCUACUCUAAGCUCCAGGACCUGACUAGCUCAGCAGGCAGCUCCACUGGCCCCUGCCUAACCCCCAGUCCUGCUCCUUUACUUAAUGUAAACUCCUCAGCCUGCUUCUCAAGCUCAGGAGCAGGGUUGGGGCCAAGGCAGGUCUCUUCUCUCGGGGUUCAAGGGAGCACCUCUCCCCUGAUCUACCCUCGUCUGUCUGGGCUGCAUCGCAGCAUGGAGUCGCUGCAGCUCACAAUGAGUUUGGCACCAGAGCCCCAGGAGAGGGAGAAGGCAAGGGAGAGGGACAAUUUGGUGAGAGGCUACACCACCUUAGAGUCCCGGCACAAAGAUAGACAGGAAGACAGAGGCCCUCCUGCCAGCUGGAGCUCCGGAAGUAAAGUCUCAUUGUCUCUCACAGACAGUUCUCAGAGAGACAGAAACACACUGCCAAAGAAAGGUUUAAGUUUUAGCGGUGCCUCCCAGGUUGAGGAGGAAGGGAAGGAGAAAGGGGAGAGGAGACACUCUCAUACUAUUCUCAGUAUGACCGACUCGCUCAAUCUUCCACUGCUGUCUUCACCCACCUCCCUGCCCCGCACCUCUAAGACCAGUAUGGUGCCCAGCCCUGUCGGCGGACCUCCGAGGAUGACUCGAUCCAACAGCAUCCCAACGCACGAUGCCUCUCUGGAGCUGUAUGGAGCGUCUCCGCUGGGCAGCACGCUGUCGCUGGCUGAACGCCCCCGCAGCAUGGGAAUGGUUCGCUCCGGAUCCUUCAGAGACAAGGAGCCUGACGAGGUUCAUGGGUCUGUACUCUCUCUGGCGUCCAAUGCCUCAUCAAGCUACUCCUCGGUGAGUGUGGGCGGCAUGCAGAAUCAGCAAAUACGUAAGCUGAGGAGGGAGCUGGAAUCGUCGCAGGAGAAGGUGUCUAACCUCACGACACAGCUGACGGCUAACGCAAAUCUGGUGGCCGCCUUCGAGCAAAGUUUGCAACUGAUGACAACUCGGCUGCAGAGUCUGUCAAUAAGCCAGGAACAGAAGAUCGGUGCAGUCGCGGAUGUGUUUGUGGAGAGAGUUCCAGAGGGAGGGGGCAGCUAUGGAGAAGGCUCUGUCACCCCAGGUCCGGCGCUUGGUCCUGAGUGGUGGAGACAGAAGGUUGGCAUCAGAGGAGCGGAGGCUGCGGACACAGAGCUGGUAGAGCUGAGGGAGACCAUCGAGGCUCUGAAGGCCAGGAAUGAUGAAGCCCAGGCUGUCAUACAAGGAGCCUUAAACACCCCGGAUAAUAUGAAAGACGUGCGGAUUCGACGUCAGAACUCAUGUGAGAGCAUCUCCAGUCUCAACAGCCUGACCAGUAUGUCGAGUGUGGGCAGCUUCAAGGACCAAGAUGCCAAGAAGAAGAAGAAAAAGAGCUGGCUGAGGAGCUCCUUCAACAAGGCGUUCAGCAUUAAGAAAGGCUCAAAAACGUACUCAGACAUCGAGGAAAUUGCCACCCCUGACUCCUCAGCUCCCAACUCCCCAAAAAUGCUCCAUGAGGGAGGAGAAGAGGAUGGAGAAAAACAGCCCUCAUCCCUCAAAACAUCGGCCUCUGCCACAUCUUCUGUAAUCAUGGAGACUACAGAAGAGGGAGACAUUGAGGAAAUGGCGGUAUCAGACUUGCGCUCAGAACUCUGGGUGAAAGAGAGAGAACUGACAGACAUCCGACUAGAGGCCUUAAGCUCUGCACAUCAGCUGGAGCAGCUUCGAGAAGCCAUGAACAGCAUGCAGUCAACAGUGGAGAACCUGAAGGCAGAGAAUGACCAUUUGAAAACAGGCUCUGGUCCCACCUCUUCCACUUCCCAGCCUUCAGGCCUGGCCUCUCUCCUGGGGCCCUCACUGCGCCAGCCGAUGAGCAUGUCCCUCACCAAGUCAUUCAGCCUCAGUCUGAAUGAUUGUAAAGAUCCAGACGUGUCUCCAGCUGACACGUUAAGUGUGUCUUCCCAGAGGGAUGAGGUGUGUGCACGAGUGCUUGUCCGCAUUGGAGAUCAAGCAGAGGACAGUAAGCAGCAGCAGGAGUUCUACCUGGGCUCAGUGAUGGUCAGUGCGAGAACUGACUGGUCCUGUCUCGACUCUCUAAUAGCUAAGACCUUCAAGGACUACCUAACUCAGGUGGACCCGACCGCCAGCCUGGGUCUAUCCUGUGAUUCGCUGCACAUGUACCAGCUGACCCAGGGAGGGCAGAGGGUGAUAGGAGGGGACAAACCUCAAGCCUCACCUUAUCGUUGUCUCAGCAGUGGUUCAGCUCGAAUACUUGUCACUUUGAAAGGUCUCAGAGAAAAAUGUGUUGACUCACUGGUGUUUGAGACUCUGAUUCCUAAGCCGAUGAUGCUGCACUACAUCAGCUUGCUGCUGAAGCACAGGCGUCUGGUUCUGUCUGGGCCCAGCGGGACAGGAAAGACUUACCUGGCUCAGCGUCUGGCCCACUACCUCCUGCAGCGCAGCCGGACAGACUUGUCUGAUGCCGACCACGAGACCUGUCUCCUCGGUUGCAGCAUUGCCGUCACCUUCAACAUGCAUCGUCAGUCACUGAAGGAGUUGCAGUUGUAUCUGUCCGACUUAGCAAAUCAGAUAGACAGAGAUAGUGGAGGAGAACUGCCACUGGUUGUUAUCAUAGAUGACAUCAGUGAUUCAGCAGCCACCACUGAGCUUGUUAACGGAGCACUCACCUGCAAGUAUCACAAAUGUCCUUACAUCAUUGGGACAACCAAUCAGCCUGUGAAGAUGACAUCAAACCACAGUCUGCACCUUAGCUUCAGGAUGGUAAUGUUCUCCAACAACGUGGAACCAGCUAACGGGUUCCUGCUGAGGUACCUGCACCGUAAAGCUGUGGAAGCCUACCAGGAGAAAGAGCAGGACUCAGCACGCCACCAGGCUCUCCUCCGCGUAUUGGACUGGAUCCCUCAGCUCUGGUACCACCUCCACACAUUCCUGGAGAAACACGGCACUUCAGACUUCCUCAUAGGUCCUUGCUUCUUUCUGUCAUGCCCAGUAUCAGUGGCAGAGUUCAGGCAGUGGUUCAUUGACCUGUGGAACCACUCCAUCAUACCGUACCUUCAGGAGGGAGCCAAAGAUGGCAUCAAGGUGCACGGGCAGAAGGCAGUAUGGGAGGAUCCAGUGGAGUGGGUGAGAGGGACUCUCCCUUGGCCCAAUGCACAGCAGGACCAGUCCAGGCUCUUUCACCUACCUCCCCCCAGCAUAGGGCCACCCAGUGAGGAAAAGAAGCCCCCCAAAGAUACACCUCCACCCAGCACACUGGAGUCAGACCCACUGAUGGCCAUGCUGUUGAAACUCCAGGAAUCGGCCAACUACAUAGAGUCUCCAGAGCGGGAAAGCUGUCUGGAUCCCAGUCUGCAGGCUACACUCUGAGAACAACAUGCGACUGUCGGUCGAGCUUUGGAACUAUAGACUCUUUUUCACGACUCACGCAGCGGGUGUAGUCCCAAUGAGACUUAAAAGACUCAAUAAUUAACUGUGUGCUCAGUGAGCAGCUACAAAGCUAAUUGUAAAGGAUCUAUAGAGAGAGUGAUUAUGGACGAAGGGCUUGCUCUGCCGUGCUAUCAGAAAGACAAUGAAACUGCUUUCAUAGGAAGCUGUGAUGAUCAUGUCAGGGAAAGACUUGUCUAUUCUCUGCCCUCAAUUUGUUCCAGAUGGGUUGUUGUUGAAUCUUCAAGUGCAUGGUAACCGGAAUAGUAUGAUGCAAAAUAUUACCUAUAAUCCUAUUGAUCAAGACCCAUUCUUUUCUUUUCUUUUGCUUUUUGACUGCCACGACUUUCACCACAAACUAUCGGUGCUCACUGGUUUUCUUUGAAGGCUUCAUUUCACAAUUCAUUUCUGAUGUCUUCAAAAGUAGGAUCAUCACUCGACAUUAGCCAAAAAUGCACUUUAUUUUCUACUUGUAAUUGGAUUUUAGGAGGCUGUGUCAGUGACUGUGUAUCAUAUGGGAAUCAUGCAGUUCAUUAGUAAUUCCUCUAGAUGGCAGCAUCUACUCCUGCCUCAGUGCUCUCCUGGUGUGCUUUCUGACUUAUCAAAGGUGCUCAGUAGAAUAUAACACGCUCUCUAUAACACAACUAUGAAAAUGGCCUUAAAUUAUUUUUUUCUUUUCAGUUCAGCCAUGGUGUCAUUAAUGGAUCGAAUAUUAGAACUGUGAAGCUGUUAGAGUAACAUGCAUGGGUGAAUAAUGAAUGCAAAAAAAAGAAUCGGUUUUAGGGUCAGUCUGUGAAAAAAAUGUCAUCAUCAUUGGACUCCACCGGUAGUAUCCACUUGUUUCCUCUAGUAAUAUACUGAUAUAACCACAGUAACUGGCAUUGACUCUACUCAACAUACUGUAUUGUAGACACACAGAAAAGAACUGCUUGUUUAUCUAGUCUGUCCAAACAGCCUACCAUUUCUGGCUAUGCUUGCAUAUAUUCUGUAUUUAGAUAUCGGUUUUAAAACACAAAUUUCUCUGGUGAUAGACGAGGAUACAGCUUUGAAAAUCUUGAUUUUUUAGGAUUUUAUACUGAGUGAUGUUCAACAAUCAUCUUUACACAGCAGCUCUUACCUACAGUAUACCUAACAUGCCAUUACCGACUGUUUUGAUCAUUCAUCAUCCCACAAGGGGAAGUGGAGAAAAAAAACUGCCAUCAAGUGAUAAGAAUGUGUACAAAAAACAUUUUCCUUCCUCAUUGCAUUUGCGUUUCCUUCUCUUGCUUUAUUUUAAGAGUUACUGUAACAGUAAGGGAUGGGGGUAAGCAAGGUUGAAACUCAUUGUGUCAAGUGGCUUCCUUCUAUUUCUUUUCUUUGUUUUUUUGCACAUAAUAUAUGUUAGAGUACUAGAUUACAGAGAGUAUUUAUUGCUCACAUCUUGACUGUUGUCAUGUGAUGAAAGAAGAAAGCAUAAAAAGAUGUCUAAGAGGAGGAAACUGUAGGUAGUAGAGAUAUUCUUAAACCUCUCAGCCCUGUGCCCCUUUGACCCUGAAGUACCUCAGACUGCCAUAUUUUGUCCGGAUGUUCCUCUACUGUCCAAUAGGGUGCUGGCGUAAAGUAGAGACAUGAUGCCUAAGUCUAUCUGUGCCUAAAACACAAUUUGGCCUAAAGCUGCUUUCGAGGUGCUUUAACCUACCACACGGAGGCCUCUAUUUAGAGGAAACAUCAUCACUUCCUCUUACCUACUCUGAUGUCACUUUAAUGUCAUCACCUUGAUGCCCACAUCUUGGUGGAGAGUGGGUUAUCAAUGUUAACCCUUGGCAUGGAGAUAAGCUGUUAGUUAAGAUGGUGUGUGUGUGUGUGUGUGUGUGUGUGUGUGUGUGUGUGUGUGUGUGUGUGUGUGUGUGUGUGUGUGUGUGUGUGUGUGUGAGUGAGUUAGCUCUGCAAUAGAUGAGAAUGUGUAUCAUGACUGGGCUGCUUGCAUGCAGUUUGACACCAUUUUAAACUUAAGCGUGAAAGACUUGACAUCUUUGUGGAAUUGCCUGAGAGUUUGGAAGCAGUGUAAGAACAGAUAUAGCGGAUGUGGAUGCAUGUAGCCCCGAUAUGCUCCCAAAGUUUCGUUUCAUUGGACCUAACACACUUAACCCUAUCACAGGAGGGAUUUUUAUUGACUGGAUAUUUUCCUCUUUUCACGUUGUUUUUUAACAUUUGUUUUUCUUAUGCAAAUAUUUGUAAAGGUUUCUUUCUCUUUUGUACAUGACAUCACUAUUGUAAACACUGUAAAUAAUGCAUCUGCGGCAACAAUCACAAAACAUGUGUAGAGAUCUAAGAGAAGACAUGGCCCCUGUAUGCAGAAAACGGCGUUGUUUUUAUUGUCUUCCUCCAGUGGGAAGGAGCACUUAAAAGGGGGCCUAAUAAUGGUUGUAUGGCAUGUCUCUAUAAUCACAUCAAAUCCCAUAUGUCUAACAGUGAGCAAUGGACACAAUAAAGUCAUGCCAUUCGUCACAUCA